GUGCACUCAAAGGGACAUUCUGAAGGGAACCCUGCAAGUUGCCUGUUGUUCUUCCUAGGGGAGGACUGAGCAUGCAAUCACUGCUUCCCAAGGGAGGCUUUUCCCACAAAGGGGGCACAGCAGUCACCUGAGAGAGAGAAACAUGUUAUAACUCAACUAUUUAAAGGACUGUGCUGAUGAAAUUCAACAUUCAUGAGGACCUAGAAGAAUCCCUUAGGAUGAAGCUGAGUCUUACCAAGGUAGUUAAUGGCUGUCGCCUAGGAAAAAUAAAAAACCUGGGCAAAACAAGGGACCACACCAUGGAUAUUCCAGGCUGCCUUCUGUACACCAAGACUGGCUCCGCCCCACACCUCACCCAUCACACACUGCGUAAUAUCCACGGGGUUCCUGCCAUGGCUCAGCUUACGCUGUCAUCCCUAGCAGAACAACAUGAAGUCUUGACAGAAUAUAAAGAAGGAGUUGGAAAGUUUAUAGGCAUGCCAGAAUCACUUUUGUACUGCUCCCUGCACGAUCCAGUCAGCCCCUGCCCAGCUGGUUAUGUAACAAACAAGUCUGUGUCUGUGUGGAGUGUUGCAGGACGAAUGGAAAUGACUGUUUCCAAGUUCAUGGCAAUUCAGCAGGCCCUUCAGCCAGAUUGGUUCCAGUGCCUCUCCGAUGGAGAAGUGUCUUGUAAGGAAGCAGCUUCCAUAAAAAGGGUCAGAAAGUCUGUUGACCGAUCACUUCUUUUCUUGGAUAACUGUCUGCGGCUGCAGGAAGAGUCAGAGGUUCUUCAGAAGAGUGUGAUCAUUGGAGUGAUUGAAGGUGGAGAUGUGAUGGAAGAGAGGCUGAGGUCAGCACGAGAGACAGCCAAGCGGCCCGUAGGUGGCUUCCUUCUGGAUGGUUUUCAAGGAAAUCCAACAACCCUGGAGACUAGACUGUGCUUACUGUCAUCAGUCACUGCAGAGCUGCCGGAGGACAAACCAAGGCUCAUAUCUGGUAUUGGUCGGCCAGAUGAGGUGCUCAAGUGUAUUGAAAGAGGAGUGGACUUAUUUGAGAGUUUUUUCCCUUAUCAAGUAACAGAGCGGGGAGGUGCCCUGACUUUCAGUUUUGAUUACCAGCUGAAUCCCGAAGAGAUACUAUUACAACAAAAUGGAACACAAGAAGAAAUAAAAUGUGUGGAUCAAAUAAAGAAAAUGGAAAUAACUGGUUGCAACCAAGAAAUAACAUCAUUUGAAAUUAAUCUGAAGGAAAAAAUGUACCAGGAGGACUUUAACCCGCUGGUGAGAGGAUGUUCCUGUUACUGCUGUAAGAAUCACACUCGGGCAUACAUCCACCAUCUGCUGGUGACCAAUGAGCUGCUGGCCGGAGUCCUGCUUAUGAUGCACAACUUUGAACACUACUUUGGGUUUUUCCAUUCCAUCCGGGAGGCACUAAAAAAUGACAAACUGGCACAGCUGAAAGAGCUCAUCCACAGGCAAGCAUCUUGAGAUCUUGCAAAUACAAGUCUCACUCUUCACACUGAGCCUGUAUCAGUGUUGUAAGAUGGGAAGACAUGAAGAAGAAAUAAUCUGAGCCUUAGUUAUUUAUAUUUUGAUAUAAGGUCUGCUAAAGUAAAGAAUAUUUGUACCAAACUGCCCACAUGAGGGUGAAGAGAUUUCUUCUAAAGACUUAAAUGACCUGGAUUGAACAGAGCGAAUUGAACUGUGACCUUUUAAACUUCUAGACUAAUUCUUUUAGUUGAUAGAGAUUCAUUUAGUCAAAUACAAAAGCUUUAGCUGUGAGGGCACAACCUUGAAGUGGGAGUGGCAAGAUUCUGAGGGACCAAUGAAUGGGAUGGAGGCUUGAAGGAAAAUGGUGUGAGACGCAUGGCCUCUGGACAUGUGCCUGUUGAUUUGAGAAGAAAUCUGGCUUGUUUGAGGGUUUCCUUUAGUUCACCUUCAUACUCUCAGGAGACUCUUUUGGAUACUUCUGUCUUCUACCCUGCCCUGGCAGUGCAGCCAAUCAGAAAUCACUCUUGUGACUUAACCGGGCUCGGAUAUCCCUGGAAUGUGGGGCGGGCUUGAACAUUGCUCCUGUGAUCAUCUGUCCCAGGUCACACUCCUCUAUUUGACCACAUGGCCUAUUUGUAGCUUCUUUUUAGAGCCAAUGUAAUUGCCUGUUAGGAGCCAAAAGUUUGCCCAGCUGCUUUCAUCUGGUUGUGCACAUCCAUUGUGAUCUGCCUUCCAGGUUCAUUAAUAGUCUAACUACGUAAUAACUGAAGCCCUAUCUCUUGUGAAGAUUCAUUCUCAAUGUGUUCACUUAGACAGAGCCCUGCCUGGCCUAACGAUUAGAAGAUAGUCUCCAUCCUCUUCAGAUAUGACUCCUGGGCAAUUCACUUAACUUCUCCAUGACUGUUUCCUGCUGAAUAAAUAGGGACAGGCAUAAUGGAUAGGAAUGAAUGAACUUUUAAGAUACUGUCUAGCUCUAAAAUUUGAAGAACAAAAAGUUUUAGAUUAGAGUCAUAACCUUAAUAGCCCUAAUUGUCAUCCUGGGAGACAGGCAACAGUAGGGAUAUCUGAGAGCCUAAAGAGAGGUUUGGCCUGUGGGUUUUUAAAUGGUUAUUGAAUUGGUAUCAGGAGAUCCUGAGGCUGGUAGGGGAAGGUGAUUCUUUCUAAGUUAUCUCUAUGUUUUUCAAGUUUUCUUUAAGGAAUACACAUACACCCACAUGCACACACCAUAGUUUUUAUACAAACAGCAAUAACAAAACCAAAAAGAUGCCCCUUUUUUUUGUAGGGGUAAGAAAUACAUUUGUUUUAUACUUCUGUGCUAUAUUUUGCUGUUCAAAAUUUAGUGGACAUUACUUAAUAUUGUUUCUAAUUAUUUUGUGGCUGCUGUAUGUUUUAUUUGUUGGGAGCCCAUUAUAUUAGGCCGUUCUUGGAUUGCUAUAAAGAAAUACCUGAGACUGGGUAAUUU